AUGACAGAAGGUUGUGUGGGUCGUAUCCAUAGGAAAUUUAAGACCAGGGUUUCAGGACAUGGAAGAGUUGGUGCCACUGCUGCUGGUUACACAGCUUCGAUCAUAGAGUACCUGACUGCAGAAGUUCUUGAGUUAGCUGGAAACACAAGCAAAGAUCUGAAAGUGAAGAGGAUAACUCCAAGGCAUUUGCAGUUGGCAAUCAGAGGAGAUGAGGAGCUUGACACGCUCAUAAAAUGA